AUGGAAAAGGCUAAAGGUGUUCCGCUGUCUCAAGUCUGGAGCACGAUGACAUUAUCAUUCACAGAAGCUCCAUAUGCUAGUGAUUUGCAUGAUGACAACGUCUUUGUAGACCCGCAUGAGCCUGACAAGCUUACGGGCAUUAUUGACUGCUUGUCCACUCGCGUGAAGGAGAUCGGGCUCACUGAGAUCUACCGUUCGGAGGAACAGCCCCUCGUUGAUAUCGUGUUCGUGCAUGGUCUCAACGGCCACGCCUACAACACCUGGGCUUCCAACCACAACGGCAAGGACAGUGGCACCUUCUGGCCCGCUGAUCUCCUCCCAGAUGUCCUUGGCCCCAGUCGCGUCCGCAUCUUGACAUACGGAUAUAACGCCAACGUCACCGCUUUCACAGACGGUGCUUCGAAGGACAGACUUCAUAACCAUGCAGAGACGUUGGCCUCCGGGCUAGCCGCGAACCGAAACCUGCGUCGAUGUUCCGAAAGACCCAUAAUCUUCGUUUGCCACUCGUUGGGCGGCCUGGUCGUCAAACGUGCCCUGAUCUACUGUCGUAGUGUGAGCAACGAAAGAAUCCAGCAUCUCAGGUCCAUCUAUGUCUCCACGUACGGCAUCUUGUUUCUCGGAACACCUCACAAUGGGUCGGACGUUGCGAAGUGGGGUGCGCUAUUGCAGAACAUCUGUAGCGCCGUCAUGCCAAAGAAGUUCAUGGAAUCUUCGCCGCACUUGGUCAAAGCACUCAAGACAAACAACGAGACUCUGCAGAACAUCAACAGUCUGUUUGCUGACAUGACGAGCCGCUUCCACAUUUAUUUCUUCCACGAGACGUUGUCAACUGACGUCAAGGGGACUCGCGAGCUGAUCGUCGACGAGAGUUCCGCUGCGCCUUACAUGGAAGGAGUCGAGCGCAUGGGAAUCGAGGCUGAUCACAGACACAUGUGCAAAUUCGACAAUGAGGACUCUCCCGGAUAUGAGGCGGUGGCAGAGGCUCUCCUGCGAUACUCAGGUGAUGCUCCAGCGACUAUACAUGAACGAUGGAAUGAAGAGCGCAAGGCGCGCAGGCUCAUGAAAGAAACCAUAGCAAGGGAGAUGUUUGGAGAUGUUGAUACCGAGCAACUUGGAAGAAGCGCACCGGACCUUCGAGCAAUUGGUAGGCCACACAUGCUCCCCGAGCCGCGUUCUCCAGUCACGUUCAAUCAGUACGAGGUCGAAGAGCCCGCGGAACCACCAUAUUCUCAUAGUAAUUCUGAAUCAAUCGUACUUUCAUCUGAAAGAAAACGCUCCGUUGUAUCUGAGACGGCAAUGGCAGCGAGCACGGAGCUGUCCUUGUCACGAUCAAUGCGCAAAGAUCCUCUCUUUGUGGUCCCACCGGGUUUUCACCCUAACGCCACAUUUGUAGGUAUGAAGAAGCAGCUUGAAGUACUUCACGCACGUCUUUUUAAAGCUAAGAAGAGGGCGGAGCGUCUGACGGCUGUUUUGAUUUGUGGAGGGCCUGGCACUGGCAAAUCGCACCUUGCGCGACAAUACGUGUGCACACAUCGAGACAUAUACCCAGGGGGGAUUUUCUGGGUCGAUGCCAAGUCACUGGAAUCAACUUACAAGUGCUUCUGGGAUAUUGCUCAAGCAGCUGCACUGAUUGACGGGGAAGAAUUCCGUUAUCCAGACAGCAAUCCUUCUCGCAGAUAUGUCGAUUCGUUAAGAACAUGGCUGCAAAACCGCGAAGGCUGGCUUCUCGUGUUUGACGGAAUCAGCUUUGCGCACGAGCAUGAUAUUAACAACUUCAGACAAUUCCUGCCGUUCAAUAAGAAUUGUAGUAUCAUCUACACCUCGAUAGACAAGACGUUGAAGCGGAAACAGCGUUUGUACGAGCCAUACUGCCUCCAGCUUAAGCCCCUUGGGACAGAGGAUGCCUGCAAGCUGCUGUUCGAGGAUCUAGGCAUUCGAAAACCAAGCUCAGCCCAAAUCAAGAAAGCCACAGAAUUAGUAACUUAUUAUGAAUGCCUACCUUUGGCGAUUCAUGCCAUCAGUCAUCGACUCAGUUCGAUGUCAAAGCCGAUUGAGAAAUACCACAUAGAUUCACGGAUCGACGGAAAAUUGGCAGAGCCGUUUCUGAGCAUCAUGCAUGAUCUGUAUCGCUUGGAGCAGUGGCCGGCGCUCAACCUCGUUAAUCUGAUCUCGUUCUUCAGUCACCAUAUUCCAGUCGGUCUCUUAAAUUUGGGUCUCCCAGCCCUUAAAGCGCUGAAUACUGAAGUCUCCACGCCCAGCAGAAGCGGAGAUCAAGGGGAUCUUGACACAACAAUCGGAAUUUUGAUCCAGCACGGCCUUAUUGAACGAGUGUCGGACUCUUAUCCGUUGCAUCCCUCAGCUUUGUCACCUCAGGCGGAAAGAGACAAUGUACUUGAUCAGAGAUUCGUGGUGCCGGACCUCUCUGAGUCCCAGACCGAGAGCAGCCAGGAAGCCUUUUUCUCUUCAGCUUUGCAGAAUGCCGGAACAAUCGACGUCAUCAAGAUCCAUAGUGUCGUCCAAGGUUUUUGCCGUGACGAGCUGAAGAUCAUGGAUGAGGAACAGAGAAAAAAAGCCCCAAAUGACUCCGCGACUAAUCAUUAUGACUCGUGGCUUCUCGUGGCUUGUAAUGUGCUUUACGGCUCGUAUGAGUACGCCCGGAAAGACAAGAAGAAUUUCGGACUAGUCGCAGAUUACCGUGAGUUCGAGACUCACGUGUCGAGGGUCCUCGAGAACUUCACAAGAUCAAAACGAGGAUCUGCACGCGAAACCCCCACGGUUCGCAAGGCGAAGGAGCAAAUGAGAGCGAUCAAGAGGGACAUUUCCAGGAUGAUAGAUCAGCUUUCACCCGGUUCCGGUCCAAUCUCUCACCACCGCUCGGUCUUUGAUCGAUCAAGUAGUUCGUCUUCGUCGGUACCUGAGUCUGCUGCAGAGGAACUGCCUGCCUGGCUUGAGCCAGACAUAGUAUCGCCCCAGUUGGAGUCUCCAUUAGAGGCUUCUCCGCAAGAAGUCGCUCCUCUGCGCCACCCUAGGUUCAACUUGAAGCCUUUUCUACCACACAUUUUCCGACAUUCCAGUCAAGAAAUUGCAGAUGAUAAGAUCACUGCAUCGUCGCCCUCGCAGACUAGUGAAGCAAUCGAGAGGCCGAAGUCAGGUAUUUCACAGGUGGUAUCUAACGCACCUGUAAUGGAGGACCGCGGCUGGCACUUGGUCAAGAAAUCAUUGAAGCCUCCAAAACCUUCCGAGAAACCCAGGCGACCCGGUUUGCCACACCGGAUUCGUGGCUCGCAGCCUGCGGCGCCGGUCCUGCGGGUCUUUCCCGUGCAAGCCAUAACAAGUAACCCUCAGAACAAAGACCGUAGCAGCGGCUCUCGAUCUUCAGCAUCUGAGGCAUUAACAGCGGUCAGGCAAACCACGAGGCCUCAGAACAGACAGUGUGCAAGUGCUCCAGCGGAUUUCACAGGCGGGAUGCUAAAGGAGAAUGAUUCGCCCAGCUACGCCACGAUUGCAGCGGGACCAGCGAACGGCAAGCCACGGUCAUCGUCGAUUCCUGGUAGAAGCCGGCCAACCUUGCAUGGUCUGCAGGAUAAAUCCUCGGAGGACUCUCUUUUCCAUCGCUCAAGUAAUACCAUGUCUUCGUUGCCGCCAGUACCCUCCUCAACAUACAGUGAACCUGAUCCAGCAUUUCUGAGCCAUCAACUGGAUGCUCUGGAAAUUGGAACGACGGCCUCAUCCACUCGAUAUAGAGCUCCUCCGGGCGCAGCCUUCAGUGGAAUUGGCUCGCCAGUUGCAGAUAUGUCAGCAAGCACUCCUUCAAUGACCUAUCUCUCACCCGGUCUGCCAUAUGAGGGUAACGUUGAACAAUCAGGAGCGCGUCGAUUGAGCACUACACCAUCGACUUCAACCGGCCCAAUUUCGCAUCCAUCUGCAAUCAUGCCCGGGACAUCGCCGCCUGUGGCGGACGUAUACACUGGUUAUAUCUCCGAGCCGGGUGCAGAACCGAUGUCUCGUGAGAUAUCUGCAAAGUCACAGCAGUCAUGGGCGACAGACCCAAGCCCGUUUCCCCAUAGAUGGCCCCCUGUCAACAAGAUCCCACCUAUUCCGACGCUAGCGUCGCCGGCAAACACAAGUCAGCUUCAAACGGAGCUUUCGUAUGCGGCGGCAGCGGCGGCGGCAGCGGCAGGGCAUCUUCGGCCUUUGGACACUCUGGAGAGACCUGUUGCGGCCUUCGAGCCUGUUUGGCCACCUAUGAAUCUUGAAAGCAGGGCACAGUUUGGUGGACCAGUCCGAUACGCUGCAGCAAGACAUCUAAUCCCGGGAUACCCUGCAACCUAUCAUCCUAAUCUCUCGGGACCUCUACUUCCACGCGAGGUCGUCAUGCCAGUCGCGGAGUUUCGAGGUGGGCGAGCCCGGAGCGGCAGCUCUCCUCCUCGACCAGAGUGA